AUGGCUGCCGUGCCGGGAUAUGAUCCGUUUAUUUGGAAAUUUAAUUAUCGAAAGUACAGUGUCUUUUUUCUUUUAAUACGUAUUUAGGAUAGCUCGUGUAUCCUAAAGAGCGUAUUUUUUCUUCGCCAAACGUAUCGAACAUAUCGCCUAACCUAUUCGCGUAUUCUCAAUUCGACUGAUUCAUUUGGAAAUUCGAUUAUCAGUGUUCAGUGUUUUUUUCUUUUAAUGUUUAUCUAGGAUAGUUCGCCCUAAAGAAUAUUUCGAUAAAAAUAAUAAUGAAAUCAAGUUUAAAUUCACAUUUUCUUCACCAAACAUAUCACUCACUCCUAAUCCAUUCGCGAAUUCUGCACUAUGGUUACGUUUUUUAGCACGUAUGACGAAGGAAAACGUCGCGAAUAUGGCACCGCGUUACGAGAAAGUAAUUUUAUGCCGUGGCAUGUCGGAAAAAAGUGACUCGCAAGAGGCCUACGUGAAAACGUUAAAAACGGCAGGUUAUUCGUGUGACUGUUUGCCUACUCUGUGUUUUGAAUUUGUGAAUAUAACGGAGCUGAGAUCGUGCCUUCUGUCACCAUCUUUAUACUAUGGGCUGAUACUGACAAGCCGACGUGCAGCAGAGGCGAUUGGACUUGCAGCAAAGGAAAACGAUAGUAUUUUACAUCCUUGGAGAACCUUGCCAGUGUAUUGUGUAGGACCAGCAACCGAAUCUUUUGCCAAAAGUCACUUAGGUUCAGAGAACUGCUUCGGUAAAGAAACUGGCAAUGCCAAAGAGUUAGCAGAAUUAUUAGUGGUCUCUGUCGCAAAAAAAUCAAAGCCUUUAUUGUACCCUUGCAGUGAAAUAGGACGCGAGACAAUCGAAAAGAUUCUUAAUGAAAAUGACGUAAAAGUCCAUAAAAUAGUUGCUUACAGAACUUUGCCUACUAAAACUUUAGAGUGUGAUUUGUCAAAAUUCAUGGACGAUAGGUCCAAAAUAUUUGUUUUCUUUAGUCCAUCUACAAUAGAACAUGUAGUAGCUUUAUUGAAAGAAAAGUCUUAUGAUAUGAAUAACAUAAAAGCAGUUGCUAUUGGACCUGUGACUGGGCAAGCAUUACUUAAUGCUGGUCUUAAUAUUUUUGCUAUUGCAAACAAACCUGAUCCAAUGUCAUUGUUGGAUGCUAUUAGUAAUGCUGAGAAAAGUGAAUUUGAUGAAAAGAGUGACUGAAGAGUGAAUGAUGAGUGAAUGCUGUUAUGUAAGUACAUAAUUGUCAUUAAUCUAUUGAGACUAUAUUUAAUUUUUUAAUAUUAUACUAUUAAGGAAAUAAAAAAUGAAAUGGUCAUUUUAUUCAUGGCUUGGAAUUACACAUCACAAAUGCAACAAUAUGGUCUCGAUAGAUUAAGUUAUAUUCUUAAUUAUGUUUGCCAUCUUUACAUAUAAUUUAUUUCCAUGGAAUAUCUGUCACAAUAUUUAGCUGUUGAAUUCAACCAGUUUGUUGAUUGAUAGAUAAUAUUGGUAAACUUUAAUUUGAUUAUAACAAUAAAUAUAUAUCCUAUUAUAUUAAACAUAUAGAUAAAAAAAUAAGAUUACUAUCUAUUUACAGUUUAACAGUAUCUAAUUUUUAUAAGACAUUGACUAUACAUUGCUAUGUGAUAUAUAUCAUAAUAUUGUUUACAAUGUUGAAAAAUUGAUGUAAUUAGAAAAAUUACUUCCCUAUACAUAAUAAAGAGAAUUUUAAACUCUAUUUCUUGUACAUAUACACAAAUUCCCUUUAUUAUGUACAGGGAAGUAAUUUUUAUGUGUAUAUUGUGUAUAUAGUAUAUAUAUAUAUAUAUACUAAACAGUG